CCCGCCCGAACCCUCUUCAGCAAAGAUUAUUUAGACGUGAUGAACUUCCAGCAGAACCAAGACAAAACUCGGGCUACUUUUGCUCAUCCCAAUCGACUCCGAGAAUUCCGACAAGAUCUCCCUCAACAACCUCUUUUACUGGGCGAAGACGUGGUGCGCUACAUUCAAACCACGGCUCAUCCGGAAGAGGUCAACGAUGCGGCUCAGUUAAUCAAACGAUUCAUGAUGGCCAAUAAAGAGUGGUGUCAAGACCCUCAACUCCCACACGCUACCACCUUCCGUUGGCUUCAUGGACGCAUUAUGCGCGAAUUCUUGAACUUGUGCCAUGUGUUCCAGGAUGUGGAUGCGGCUAGUGACAUGUGGAAUGAUGGGGAAGUGGUCGAUGAUGUCUUUUUAUUUCAGGACGACCAGACUCUCUCGUCUAAUGUUCCGACCGUAGUCAUGACGUUGGGCGACCUCUUGUUCAAGAACCGACGUUAUACGGAAUUGUUUGAGGUUUUGGAUCGCGUCAAGGUCGGCAAGGAUAGCGUUGUCCAGUCUUUUGUGACCUUGGAUAUCGCCGCUUGUUACAAAAUGAACACCCCCGAGAGUCUGAUGCGGGCUUCGGGUGUGAUCAAUCGCCACAGACACUUUACUAAUCGAACGAAAAGUGGCUUGGUGUACGCUUUGCUGACUUAUCAACAAGGCCAUGUCCGAUUGGCCUUGGAAGAAGCGUGUUUGAUGCGACAGGCGACAUUGACCUCCAAUGUCAAGAUAUUCUUACUGACUGAAUUAGGUCGGUUGGAUUGGGCCAUGGAUGUUUUGGCUAGUCACUUUCCCUCUCCCACCGACGCACCAGUGGGUUUGCCGCAAUCGCCGCGAUUUUCGAAAGAAGUGAUUGCUAAAUUGGCCGCGGCGGUGAAUGCAGCCAACGAUGCAGUUUUAAGUCAACGGCUAGUGAGGUUAUUUACGGACUUGGACAAUGUGGCUGAGGUGUCGACGUGGACUUUAGAAGAGAUGCUGUUGUCGCCCAUUGCCCCGAGUAAGAUCAAUCAGAUCCCCAGCAAUAACAAAAAGGUGGCCAAGUCACGGUUUGCCGCCAAACCAAUGGCUCGUUGACUGAUUAAACAUGUAUUUUUUUUUUGCUUUUGCUUAACAUUUUGUACCGAUGAGACGGUUCAUUUCAAAAAAGUACCAUUAGCAACAGCU